UUGAAUUUUCACCGGAUCGCGCCAGUUGUGCAGACAUGAACCAUGCUGGUUGGGCCUCAACAGCAACUGCUGGCAGGAGACCAGCGGCGCAAAGUAGGAUCAGCGACUAAUACUAAGGUACGGGAUAGGCGGACUGGGGACAAGCCGCGAGACGAUUCGGAGCCAGACAGACACUUGGACCUGAAAAUAGGACACAGAAAGUAUGGUGAGGUAAGGUAAGCACCAUUCAAGCUGCUUCACCUCGCCGCCUCAAGUUGGCCGAGCUAGGGCAUUCCACCAUUUCAGUCGCCCUCUCCCUGAAG